AUGCCCACUAGGAUACCAGUGAAACAGAAGCCCUUUUUCAAUAACUUACCACCUGAAAUAUUAAUUCAAAUAAUUAAAUGCUUAAGUUUCAGUCAAAGAAGAUCGUGUCUGUUUGACUUGAUUAAUACUUUGAUCGCAUUUCAGGACCCAAUUCUGGAUCAAUAUCAUUACAAACUAAUAAAUGACUACAUAGAAAAAACUACCAAAUUCAUUAAUUGCCUCUCAAAUGGGAACUCUUUAGAUCAAUACACUUCCUCUCCAUAUAUCAAUGUUUUAAGAGACCAUUUCGUUAAACACACUUUGAAUGAUUUGAAAGACAAAAGUGAUUACAUAUUUCCAAACAGAUUGGUGCUCUUUAUCGACGAUUUAACAGAUUUUCCUGCUAUAAACAAAAUACUAAGUUCCUCUCUACUACGAUCGUCAUCAAACACCGUGUUUCUAACUGACAUUAUCUAUACCCCUCUAUCAACUAAUUCCUCAAUAAAUAAUAUCUUACCAAAUCUUUCUACCUUCAUUAAGGUAAACUGUUUCAUAUUCGAAUUCAAAAAUCCAGCUAGUGUCUUCGCAACCAAUAAUUUCUGGGGUAUCUACGACUUCAACUUCUUUACUUUCAAUGACAUGACUAAUAGAUUCACAAAUAACCGAAUUGAUAACGAUGAUGAUACAACUAUAUGGAUGACUCCAAGAUGUAAUCAAAUAUCAUUCUUUUCCGUACAAGAAUUGCAGAUAAACUAUUUGACAAUUGAUUCCUUCAUAUAUAAUAUAAUGGAAACAUACUCUACUUCUUUCCCCAAAUUUAUCAAUACGAGUAAUAACAAUAAUAACAAUACUAAUAAUAAUAAUAAUAAUAAUAAUAAUAAUAAUAAUAAUAAAAGACAAAUAUCGUGCAUCGAAUUACUAUUCAAAUUAUUUCUUAGAAAUGUCGAUUUUUAUUUACCAAAUUUAAAGUCAAUUAAAUUCAUAAAUUGUUAUAUUAAAGAUACUCAAAAGAAUGAAACGUGUAAUUUUAUAGAUUUAUCAACUUUAAUGAUAAAUAAAUUUAAAGAAAAUUCAUGUCCAUUGAAAUAUCUUUUCAAUUUACAUUCAUUGAAAAAUUGGGAAAUUCCAAAUAUAACAUAUUUUUCUGGUCACAGGUUGAAAUUUGAUGAAACAACAAUGACAGGUUCGAUCGAGAGAUCCAAAAAUUGUCUUAGAAGAAAUAUUAGCCUAUUGCAUGAAAUGGCUGUAAUGGAAAAUAACGAUGCAUCUCCAUACUAUAGAAUACAGCUCAUUCCAGAAGGUACGAAGGUAAGUAAAAUCUUAAAUUGGUUACCCUUCGAAUCAAAUAAUGAUUCUUUUUAUCGUGGCAACAGUCAUCAGUUAAAUAAUGAUGGUGAAAAUCGAUGGUCUCAUGAAACAGGUACUUUCAGAAAUGAUAACUCUGUUAGUGACCAUAAUGCUACUAUUUCCUAUAAUAAUGAUUCUAACGAAAGUUUAGAUUAUCAUGAAGUCAGAGAUUUAUCAGAGAAAUUCUAUUCUUACAAAACCAAACCUAUCUUUUGCCUAAAAAACAAUACCCUAGAAUCACUAGAAUUGAGAUUAUUAACAGUUGAUAAUAGCUCUACUACAUAUAUUCAAGGAUUAUUUUUACAGAAUCUGAAAAGCCUGGUCUUGCAGAAUUAUAUGUUAGCUAGCAAAGAACCAAAAGUCUCUGAUAAGUACAAUUCCCUCGUCAUGGCAAACCAUGACACUGAUAACAAUAUAAAUAAUAAUUCUCCCUCUAAUAACAUGGAUGAGUAUGAUAUGGGACAAAUAAACCUCAUAGGUUUUUCUUCAUGGAAUCAUUUACCAAUAUGUGAAUUCAUUCAUUUCACUUACGACAACAGGAAUAAUGAUUAUAAUAAAAUCAAUUACCUUUUCAAGAUCAAAAAUCUGAAAGCAAACUUGCCUAACAUUAACCUUCUCAGAAGCUUUGAAAAUUUCAUAGAUGAAAGACAACAGUUCAUCUCGGCCUAA